CUGGUUCACUUCCGUGUGAGUUUUUAUGAAUGACUCCGACUUCCCACAGUCAGCUGGCUAACUAGCAGCAGCUCGGUGAACUGACGGCUCCCAUCGACAGUCAGUCAUGGAUUACACCGCGGCUCAAAGCGGGUUCAGACAGCGUAAGUUACAACCUAAUAUGCGUCUAAGGAAUACCUCCACGGACAGUCCAGAUGGCAGCCAGUUAUUUGAGGAUACGAGUGGGUCUGCAGCUGCAUCACAGACAGGCUACAGUAACCAGCAGGCUGGACCUCAGGCAGCAGGAUUUCCUGGCCAGUCUAUCCUGUCAGACCCCAUGUCCAACCUGGCCAUGGCAUACGGCAGCUCACUGGCAUCCCAGGGAAGAGAAAUGGUGGACAAAAAUCUGGACAGGUUCAUCCCAAUUUCUAAGCUGAAGUACUACUUUGCCGUGGAUACAGUGUACGUGGGGAAGAAACUGGGCCUUCUAGUUUUCCCUUACAUGCACGAGAACUGGGAGGUGAGCUACCAGCAGGACACUCCUGUGGCUCCGCGCUUCGACGUGAACGCUCCUGAUCUCUAUAUUCCCGCCAUGGGCUUCAUCACGUACGUCCUGGUGGCUGGACUGGCCCUCGGCACACAGAACAGGUUUUCUCCAGAGCUGCUGGGAGUUCAGGCCAGUUCAGCGUUGGUGUGGCUGAUCAUGGAAGUGCUGGCGGUCCUGCUGUCACUCUACCUUGUGACCGUAAACACCGACCUCACGACCAUAGACCUGCUCGCCUUUUCUGGCUACAAAUAUGUUGGGAUGAUCAUCGGGGUGGUAGCAGGCCUGAUCUUUGGGAGGUCAGCGUACUAUCUCUCUUUACUGUGGUGCUGUGUUGCCAUCUUUGUCUUUAUGAUCCGCACUUUGCGUCUGAAGCUGUUAUCUGAGGCGGCGGCGGAGGGGAGGCUGGUGAGAGGAACCAGAAACCAGCUGAGGAUGUACCUCACCAUGUCUAUAGCAGCAGCACAGCCCAUCUUCAUGUACUGGCUCACCUACCACCUCAUCAGAUAAAACCUGGAACACUCACACAAUCACUCUGUAGAAGAUGAACUUGGCUCGUCCGAAUGCCAUCGCACACCCUUAAAAACACCUGAAGAAAAACACACAUACACACACACAUUGAAGAAGCUGGACUUGGAUGAAACACACAACAAGCUGCCUGGAUGAUGUCUCACCACUUCCCCAGAUGUAAAGACAGAACAACACAUUCACAGGACUCGCUCUGCUCGUAUGCAUGGAGCUAUACAACACAUGCUACAAGAUGAUUAAGAGAAGACUGCCUUUAGUCUGACAGCACAGCACAGCUCAGUGUCAUUAGUAAUGCCUUAUUUUAUUUUUUAUUUUUAUUAAUUUUUUUGUCUUUUUUAUGUUUUAUGUCGACAAUUUGUAGCAAGAGCAAAUGGCUUUAAGUUGUUUUUUCUACACGGUGUAAUUAUUUGUUUGUAUCUUUUUUAGGAAUAUUUAAGUAUGUAUGUUUUUGUGUAUAGCAGAAGUGUUAUUGCAGAUGUUAAUUUCUCUGAGCCGACAAAAAGAAAGCACACAAACCGUCCAUUUAAAACUCAUUCAGGUUUAAGGAGUAGCUCUGCUUUGAGGUUUAGGCUAGAAUUUCAUUCUCCCCUGGUCCUUAUGUAUAUUUCAUGACUGAGAAAAGUGCCAGUUCUCUCAAUAUCGGGUCUGGAAACAAGGGUUAUCUAACUGGUCUAACUGGUGUGUUCUUGUGUGGGUGUAGUACCACCUCCAUUUUUAUCUGUUUAAUCUUUUUGUACGUGCUUUGAUACAUGUAUGAGCUUUGCUGCCUGACAGCUCUGGAAUAGAAACUGUAAAAGCCACUAAGGUGUAGACCUCGCGAUGAAAUGUUGACUUUGAUAUCCUUUUUAAAAAACAAGUAAAUUAUUUACUGCUUUUCAUAUUGAAAGUCAGGUGGAAUAAAGAAAAGGGAUGAGAUGAGAUGGUCUGUUCUGUGAAAGUUGUUUUAGUCUCCUUGAGAUACUUGAAAUGUUUUAAUGUCACCAAUGCUUUCUUGUGCUUCAAUGUGCUUGUAAAUCAUCGAAUGUCACUAUGGAACAUACUGUCUUUUUCUUUUUUUUUAUGUAAGCAAUGCUAAUUCAAAACCAGGGUAGGAUUCACGUUCACUUCAAUGAAUUCAGGAAACUUCCAAAUUCAGGAUUUUUGCAUUUUCCUCAUAUCAGUGAACUGAGGUGCCAAUAAAAAUGUUUUCAAAAUGUUUUGACAAAGUGCUCAUUUAAAUCAUAAUGCCGAAGUCACAGCGUCUUGUUAAGAAUGACAAUAUGUAGCAGGUAGUUUAAUUUGUUUUAUGAGUAAUCAUGAAUGGAUCCAAGCCCCAAGUGUCAAAGCAAGCUGAAAUGAUAUGACGACUGAUAAAUAAAGUCUGACUGAUGGAGCUGC